AUGCUUUGUUUACCUUUCCUUGGCAGGUCAAAUAAACGCUUGAUCAUCAUAGCUGUUGUGGUGCUUUUAAUCCUUUUAGCAAUUAUCAUAGCUGUUGUAGUUGUUGUUACCAGAAAAGACAAAACUUCCUCAACUGCGCCAACUGCCAAAACCAUCGAGCUUCCACCAACCGGGCCCCCGGGGUCGGAGGGCCCUUAUAAGCGCGCCGUAGUGGCCUCGGAUGCUGGUCCUUGCUCGGAGAUAGGCCGGGAUAUCUUAACGACAAAUGGUUCCGCGAUGGAUUCGGCCGUUGCAGCGCUGUUUUGCAUCGGGGUUUACAACAUGCACUCCGCUGGUGUUGGUGGUGGAGGCUUCAUGACAGUCUAUCAUAAUGAAACAAAUGUUGUGGAGGUGAUCGAUUUUCGCGAAGAAGCCCCUGGAAAAGCCAACAGGACCAUGUAUGUGGGAGGGAAGAUGAACUCUAAAUAUGGUAAGUACUGCCAUGGAUUUUCUUUCCGGAAAGGCUUUUACCUUACCCAGACCUGGCUUUUUGCUUAAGGUUUCCUAGAACGAGGGCAGGGCCGAGAAGUGGGGAUAAACUUUACGAAAAUUCACUUCAACCUAGCCGCUACUUUUCUUUUCAUCUCUUUAACGCAUAAGCUUGGGAUAUGGUGAGUGGGAGACGGUGGAUCAUGGAAAUUAAGAGGAAGAGGAAAAGGCUUAUUUGCCGGUGGAUUAUUUUCUUCCCGCGCGCCCAUCGCGCCAUCGCGCCCUUUCAUGCCCAUCAGGGUUCCCCUAAAACAGAGAUCCAGCCCCGGCCACGCAGUUCAGGAAAUGCGUCGUGGUGUUUUAACUAACAAUUCGAACAGUAGCAUGGGCUGAGAAGGAGACAAAGUCACUAAGUGGAGAGGGCUUGAAUAUUGUCAAUAAUAUAAUUAAGACGUUUCAACAGAGUUCAAAUCACGAUUCGUUACACAGUUACAAGUUACCGGGGGAACGUGGGUUCAAAUCCCACUCACUACGUUAUCACCUUAGGAAGAAAAUUUCCGGGAAGGCCCACAUCUAAACCACCUAGAUCACCUUAUCGAUUGGAGUGUUGCCAACGUGGUGAUGGCCGUAGUGGUUAUCACACCCGACUAGUUACCUGCGGAACGUGGGUUCAAAUCAGACGAAUUGAAAGUUUCUUAGUAAGUAGAAGUGCAACUGAAGAUGUUUCGUACGCGCGUAGCAAGCCAAAGAUAGAUGAUAUGUCAGCGUAAACAGAUUCUAUUGGAAAUAGAUGAAUGAACUUGCCAUAUUGACUACUUUUCUGCCCCUCUUACAGGAGCAACCGCAGCUGGGGUACCUGGUGAAGUGAAAGGAUUUUACGAAGCUUGGAAAAAGUAUGGCAAACUACCCUGGAAGGAUCUGGUCCAGCCUUCCAUCGAUAUGGCAAGAAACGGGUUUCCCUUCGGCUAUUCUGCAGAAUACGCUGCGAAAAGAUCCAGCGUGUUUAAGUACAUCAAGGCUGAUCCUGGACUUAGGUUUGUGAAAAAGCCAGUAUAAGCUUUCUGACAUUUUUUAAUCAAUGAGACACCAUAUCGUGAUUACAUUCGGAGCGUACGUCUCAUUCGUGUAUCAUCAGUAAUAUUUUUCUUUCGUAUUUGAAACUGAGUGUGUGAAAUUUCAUAUAUUUCACUUUCAUUUUUAGCGUUUAGAUCCUUAAUUACCCAUUGCCAAUAAACAUUUCCUUUUCUGCCACAGUAUACAGUAUUUUAGUGCGAGGCAUCAACUUUUCAGUAAACGGCCGGCUGACCAAAUCGAAUUCUUAGAAAGGACAGAAGCUGUUAAUCAAACCUUUAGGCCCCAGCCUUUCAAAAGUUACUAGUUGGAUAUCGUUAUCCACCGGAUAAAUCACUAUCCAGUGGAUAAGCUGGGUAAACAUAUUGCGUUAUUCACUCAAAUAUAGAGUUUUAUCCAGUCAAGAGAACAUAAAAGCCUAGUAUAAGUAUUUUAUGUUUUCUUGAUCCAGUGGAUAGCACACUGUCCACUCUAUGCACCUUUUGAACAAUUCGGGCCACAGGGGCACCCAUAACCCUACGGUGCAGAUCAGAACUGGAUUUUAGUUCUGUCAUUGUUGAUCUCUCUCUCUCUCUCUCUCUCUCUGUUUUUGUUUUGUUUUGUUUUUACAGAAACCUUCUUUUCAACGAGGACGGUAAACUGAAACAGCUAGGCGAAACGCUGUAUAUGCACAAGUUUGCUAAAACGUUAGAGCGAAUACGCGACGAUCCUGAGGGUUUCUAUUCUGGGGAGCUAGCGAAAGAUGUUGUAAAAGAUAUACAAGAGAAGGGUGGUAUUAUCACCCUUGAUGAUCUGAAGAAUUACAGAGUCAAAUUCCGUCAACCGAUGAAUGGAAGUUUGGGCAACUACUCAUGGUAUUCUACUCCUCCCCCGGGGAGUGGAGUCGUUCUAAGCUUUAUCCUCAAUAUAUUGAAAGGUGAGGGACCAGUCAUUAUUUAUCGCCUGGGGGAAGGGGGGGUGGAGGAUUUUAGGGGGGAACACUCGAUUUUUAGGAUAACAAAAGGGGCGAUCAGUCGUAACUGAGAACCCAAAAGGGGGGAUCGCUGAAAACGUUGGAAGGAUUCAGAGGGGAGACCACUCAAAUUUGCUUGGAAAAUGAAGACUUGUGGGGAGGAUCGCGAACGUCAUCAAAAGUUAUUGGGGGGAUCGCAUCAGUGAAGUAACAUUCAAAGGUCAAAGGGGGGAUCGGCUAAGUUCCACCUAGUUUAGCCCCAAAUCCUCCGCUCCCCUCUCCUCCCAGGCGAUAAAUAAUGACCGAUCCCUAAACGCGCAAUAUUUGUGACAUACCUAACACUCCUUUUCAUAAACGUACGACGAGUGUUGCAAAUAUUUGUUUAUUGCGUUCACAAAAUAAUGGCCAGCUGGUGUGGUGGGCUGGGAAGGCAGAACUAGUCGGGCUGGUGCCAAACUAGAAUUGCCCGCGCGCCACUGAAUCUCUUCUUCCCCUUCUACUUUUGACCACCUACCUCGAAGGCUAUAGGCAAUAGUGUUGAAUCAAGAAGAAAAUGCUAGCGAGAAACGCAACCAAUCCUAACCUCAGAAAUGCGUACAACUUUCCCGUGUUAAGUGGGAAUUGCGCGCUUAAGACCAUCCAUCUAAAGAGAGAAGUCCUAUUUUUGUUUCUAGGAUUCAACAUGAAGCCUUCUGAUCGACAGGGAACUCAAAAUUCAGUACGGACAUACCAUAGGAUUGUCGAAGCAUUUAAAUUUGCUUACGCUUACAGAGCCUUACUUGGAGACCAGGACUUCGCAAACGUGACCGAGGUAAAUCGAACUUUCUCUUCUAAGAAGGACAAACAAAAUCCGAAGCAACACCACUGACGGCUGCCGGCGGUCUUGCUUCGCGAGAUCCCACGCGAGCGGCGUAAGAGCCGAGAAGGAGAUAACCACACUAGCGUAUGCCGAUAGGUUACGGGCUGUGGGACCAGGGGUUUUUUAGUUCCUAGAAAAUAAAUAUACCGUAACGUCCUCUUAAAGCACUAGUCCUAUACAACUUCGAAUUUUACUUUCUUCUUGUUAUACAAGUAGAUGGGCUAUAACUUGGAGGGAGGGGGUGCCGUAUAAGCGUAUUUUUACCGUAGUUGACGUCCCAGACUGAGUUAUUGAGGAUAGUAUUAAGGACCCGUUUCUAGCUAAACGAUGAUCUUUUACCCUGCGAGCAGAGGUUUCUCUCUUGCAGGGCUUUUCACGUUGACGAAGUCGUUCGCGUGGCUUGUCGGGACAGACAAGCCGCAUGCGAACAACUUCGUAAACGCUUAAAGCCAUGCAAGAGAGAGACCUCUGCUCGCAGGGUAAUGAUCUUUCUAUAGGGUGGUCAAAAAAUAUAUGACUGUAUUUUGUUACUAUCGUUUAAUAGGCCAUUUCCAAGUUGCCACAAGCCGAAAUGCGGUGCCGUUGUUAUGAAAAUUGUUUUUUAUUCUCAUGCAAAUAAAACUAAUUUUCACAACAAAAGUUUUGCACUUAGCCUCGUGUUGAAAGUGAGAGUUUUUGGAACUCGGAAAUGGCCUAUUAAAAGGGGUUGAUUCAUACAUUAACUCAUGCCAUUUUUUAGAUUAUCAAGAACAUGACUAACGAAGAUUUUGCCGAAUCUAUACGCCAGAAGAUUUGGGAUAAUAGGACAUUUAUAAAUUACUCCUACUACGGAGACUUUUAUCAUGACGCCAGCCAGGAAGGAACUUCACAUCUGUCCGUGAUCGCGGAAAAUGGUGACGCUGUUUCUGCGACCACGACGAUAAACCUUUUGUAAGUAUCAUUAUUUCUUCUUUACUAGAUUCGUAUAUUAACAAAUAAUAUUUAUUAGAAAUGCCAUAAAAUAGAAUUUUCCAAUUUUAUUUUGAAAAGAUGCUGAGAAAAAAAUUGUUCCAUAGUACUGUGAAAGAGGAUUUUUUCCACAAAAGUUAGAAACACCUUCGGCGAGAUUCCUUCAUUCACCGACUCUGGGAUUGGAAGGUUUAAAAAAUAUGAGCAAUAUUAGCUUACGAGAGUUUUGGAUAGAUUAAAAAAAAGUUAUUCACAAAGACUUUCUCUCUCCUCCACGGAAGCUCCCACUGGGUACCCCAAUAAAAAAUAGCAAUAACUGAAAAAUAGCAUGGGCGCGGGAGACGAUGGGAUUGUUCCCAGCGCGCUUUCUUUUUUUCUUUUUCCUCAGCCUCCCUACGACACACAGGCCUCUACAGAGGAGAGGAGACAGACAAAGCCUUAAGAGAAGUCCACACUAAUUAAGACAAGAAUGGAUUGCAGUUGUCAACGAGGCGCGCGUAACAACGAUGAUUUUAGCCUUAGAAAGUUCAGCCGACAUUUGGCAACACCACCACUGGUUUCCCCGCGAAAUGACGUCUGAGAAAAGAGCGCAAAAAUUUAAUACUGGUGACGUGUCACUACCCGGAUCUGGGUAGUGCUUUUGAUUGGUCAUGCUGCGUCGGGAAUUAGCUUCAACCAAACAGAAGCACUCCUUAGAUCUAAGUUGUGCUCGUCACCAUCAGUAUGGAAUUUUUGCGCUCGUUUCUCCAAACGUCAUGUCAUGGGGGAACAACUAAGUGGUGGCGUCGCGAAGUGUCGUCUGUUUUUUCAGGUUACGAUGAUUUCUGCCUUCUCUUUUCAGUUUUGGUGCAAAAUAUCGUUCUACUCGUACCGGAAUAAUCUACAACAACGAAAUGGAUGACUUUUCAACUCCUGGUACAAAAAAUAGCUACGGUGUGGAACCAUCUGAAUCUAAUAUGAUAGAGCCUGGCAAACGGCCCAUGUCUUCCACUGCUCCGUCAAUAUUUUUGGAUAAGAACGGCCAUGCCCGUUUAGUUAUCGGAGCGUCUGGAGGGACCAAAAUCACUACCGCGAUUUCUCUGGUAAGGAGAGCUGAGUUCAAUACAUCAUAACUUCUAAGCAAAACCAAUCAUCUGUAAAGGGACCCUUUGUGUUCUGUUGGCAAAACCGAGUCAAAGAAGCAUUCUACUAGUCAGAUGGUUCGUAUUUGUAUUAUUGGUAACAACGAAGAUGUACACUGUAAUUUUCAGGGAGUUAUAAUAGCUCCUCUAGUGGGGCUAAUUUAACUCCUUACAGUGGAGUUAUUUUUCGUGGAGUUAUUUUAACUCCAAAAAGGAGUUUAAAGAACUCUUUUUCAGGAGUAAAAGUGACCCCAGAUAUUGAGGAGUUAAAAUAACCCCAAAAAAGGAGUUAUCCUGUACCUAAAAUUUUUACUCCACUUUCAGAGUUAAAUUAACUCCAAAAAGAGUAAAAACAACCCAUGUAAGGAGUACAAGUAACCCCAUUUCGGAGUAAUUUUAACUCCAGACUGGGAGUAAAAAGAACUCUUUUUCAGGAGUAAAAAUAACCGCAAAUUCGGAGUUAAAUUAGGAGUUAAACUAACCCCAAAAAAGGAGUUAUCCUGUACCUAAAAUUUUUACUCCAUUUUUGGAGUUAUAAUAACUCCCUAAAAACUACGGUGUAGCUGAAGGACAUGUAGCGAAGUCUUUUCAAACUCAAAUCCUUCUUGUCUGAUAUUAGAACCUUAAGAUACACUGGUUUCACUGGCCGUAAGUACGGGUAGACUACCCCUUUGUUGAGGAGAAACGACUAGGCUAUGGCUAAAUACUAUUCAUUUCAUACAUUAUGCGCCCUUUAAUAUAAAAACACAUCGCAAACAUGAUCCGCUACUUGUACCUGUUGGCAGAGACACGUAUCUUAACAGUGGAUGUAUCUUAAGGUCCUUAAUAUCCCAUAAGCCUCCGACUAUUCCAACUGCUAUCCAGAAACAGACAGUGGUGACCGAUAAGAUGAAAAGUCAAACACCUUAAAACCAUGAAAUUUGUUUCAUUAUCCCGAGCAUCGACCACCUUAAUGACCUUACAAACGAACUGAUUCAUGUUUCACGUACGAUGAAUUAGAGGUGAGAUCAAUUUAAAAAUUGCCGGAUCCCCACGCCUCUAGUUUCCCUUUCUUACAAGUUUCUUACGGUAACCUGCGAAGAGGCGUUCUUUUUUCGGGGAUAGCGCGAAAGUCGGCGGACGGGGAAAGGACUCCAAAAUAAAAAGGGAGGAAAGACCGCCUGAUUGCAGGUUAGGUGAGCUGCGCGCGAGUACAGCGUUAAGCUGUGAAGACGCAAGCCUAAGAAAAAAGACUGUCCUUUUUCCCCACGCGCGAUGUGACCAUUUUUAUGUCGCGCCUUGGUGUGCUUGAAGAGAAGGGCCUUGUGCUUAAUAUUUGUACCCUGUCAAUUGAAAUUAUUAAAUUCGUACCCUUUUAACCCUCCCCUCCCCUCCACCAAAAACUAAUAAUUCCUGUAGAAAGUCGUUCCUGCAUCCCUCCAUCCACAGAAGUUAAUUUAUCCAUCUUAGGUUUAUUUCACCCGGGAACGAAAUUCUAAACAUAACUCCCUGACGAAAAAUGUACUCUCAUCUACCUUUCUAAAAGAGUCAUCUAAUUUAACAACAUGAUAGGCCCCUUACAGCUAGUUAAUUACGUGGUACAAAACCGCCAUGCUGCAGAGCAAGAAAUGCACUGGGACAAGAAAACAAACAAAGAAAAUAACCAUUUUGAAUUAUGUGACCUCUCGUUUUUCUUGUCCUAGUGUGUCUCUUGCUCUCCAGCAUGGCGAUUUUGUUCCACGUUAUGACGACUAGCUCAGUUCAGCUGAAGGAUCUAUUUAACGAAAAUCCUUUUCAAGUUGACUGAAAACUCGAUACGGUAACCUAUGAUAGGCAGCGACUUUCAAUAUAAAUUUCUUUGAGGAAACCCAUUUGAACAGAGUGCGCAUACUAAAAUUAAAAAGUUGGGAAGGCAAAAUUUACACUCCAGUGAUCGACAGGAAUAUAGCAGAUUCAGGCCACAACAGAAGCAUUUAACACCUGGUCUAUCCAUCACAAAAUUCAAAAAUUAAUUUGAAUUUAAUUUAAAAUUCAGGGGUCAAAAAUGUACCCUUUGCCCCUCCCUUCUCGACACUAUACUAUCAACAAACAGUCCCCAAUAAGAAUAAAGGCGCGGCUUCCCAUCUUCUACAGAGAACACAAAGGGGUACUGAACUUUUCAGAAAGGUCGAAGUCUCCUGUUGUUGUUGUUUACUUCUCUUCUAGGUCAUGAUGAAUUACUUGUGGUUUAACCGAACCUUACCACAGGCUGUAGUUGAACCCAGGCUUCACCAUCAGCUGUUACCAAUGUACAUUCGCAUCGAUAAAGACUUUCAGAUGCCCCUUGCCAUUCAACAAGGCCUGCGUGAUCUUGGGCACGAGCUUAGGAACGGAAGUGGCUUUGCUGUAGUUCAAGCUGUUGCUAGAAAUGAGGAUGGUACUCUGACGGGCAAAUCCGAUCCACGGAAAUAUGGCUGGUCAGCGGGCUACUAA